AUGGAGAACAACGAUGAUUACAGCACAUGCAGAACAUAUGUGUGGUGGGAUGUUGAAUCAAACGACAUCCCUCACGAUGUGGAUUGUUCCACUGUAUUACCAGYACUCGAUCAGUAUUUAGAUACACUGGGAUUUAACGGGCACAGAUCCUACUUGGAAGUGAUCGGAAACCUCGAGGAUUUCCGAAUGAAAAGAGAAGUUUACGACAGUCUUUGGGAAUCUGAUUUUGCUAUUCACUCUGAGCAAAYUGGUAAGUCAAGUAGGAUUGGGAUUGCUUCUGCUGCUCGUGCUCCUAGUCACCACUUCCCUCCUCCACCUCCCAAGUUCAUUCCUCGACAAUCCCACCCUGGACCAGCACCAGCCCCUGGACCAGCACCAGCCUCUGGAACUGCAACAACCCCUGGAACUUCCCAUGGUAGAGCCCCUGUAAGAGGUGGAGGAGGAACACAAAGUAGACACCAUAAGGCUGUGUUAUUGUAUCUGUCACCAUCAAUCUGUGUUUUUGUAACAUCUGUGUGUCCGGUUCCCCCUGGCCAUGAUGCUCGUCUGGUUAUUAAACGGUUUUUGGAGACUUCAGGCUACUCUGGUCCUCUCACCAUCACUGCUGUUGGCAUACUAACUGACAUCCUUAAUGACAUCCUGAGAGGAGUCUAUUCCAGUGGAAUCGCUCUUAGUAACGUCUCGACAGGUUAA